AGCAGUAGCAACUCGACCAUCACAGCGAAAGGAUCGCGCCACGAUGAGUGACUUCAGCAUCGAGUAUAUUUUGAACCGAGCCGGCGACAGAUACGUGGGCACCAAUGCCUCCUUGGGCGUCCUGCAGCGACUCCGUGCCAGCUUGCCUUUCCAUCCGUACGCCCACCCAGCAUCUUAUGUCUCAAAGGAGUCUGGAGGAUCUCCUCCAGCCUCGGCUGCGGAGGCUCAGAUACCCGUCUACGAUUGGCUGCAGUACACCCGGUACCAUCCGCCCAAGUUGCCCAGAGCCCUCCGCCAAAAUGCGCCCGCCAAAAGGACUCCUGGUCGCCUGCCCCGCAUACCAUUUACUCCGCAGCAGCUGCAGGCCCUGGAAAAUGCCUACAAGGAGUCCAACUAUCUGAGCGCCGAGGACGCCAACAAACUAGCCGACUCCUUGGAGCUGACCAAUACGCGGGUGAAGAUCUGGUUCCAGAAUCGAAGGGCUCGCGAGCGACGGGAGAAGCGCGAAAAGGACGAGAGCUGCGACUCCACCUUCUCAUCGAACGCCUCCAGUCCGGAACCGGAAAUGAUCGUUGUAACGUGAGCUGGAGCAGGAUAUCCACGAGGACUGUUUACUGUUACGAAUUUAGUGGCUUUCUGUAAAUACACAUUAUAGGACUAAGUAGACCCAUAAGCAUAUAG